AUGGGAGCCAAGCUUUCCAGCUGUUUCAACCAUCGAGGCAGCCUCACGCAGCAGGCGCACCAGCCGGCGCCGGUCAGGGUCGUCGCCGCCGACGGCACGCUGAAGGAGCUCCCGGCCAGCCCCCGCGUCGCCGUCUCCGACCUUCUCGGCGCCGACGCCGCCUUCUUCUUCGUUUGCAACUCCGAUGACCUCUACUUCAACGAGCCCCCACCGGCGCUGUCCCCCGGCGAGCUUCUCCGGUCGGGUGAGUUAUACUUCCUACUCCCGGCGGCACUGCUCGCGCGGCCGCUGUCAAGCGCGGACAUGGCCUCGCUGGCCGUCCGCGCGAGCGUGGCGCUCGCGACCAAGAGGCCGCAACGGGUUGGCGGCAAGAAUAAUAAGGUGCGCGUCAUGCCGGUGCUCGAGGAGCUAGAAGACGGCAAGGACGUCUUGUUCAACGAGAAGCUUAACGAGCGGACGCUCGGAGAGUACGGGCUGUCGAUAAGUCCGGCGAAGAAGAGCCAAGAGAAGCUCGCCGCACGGUCGCGGCUGAAGCGGGCUCUGAGCAUCAUUCAGGAGAUGGCUGAGUGAAGCAUCCCUGCGCGCACGACAGAUGGAUAGUACUGUCGUUGA